AUGAAAAUAUUCUUAGACUCCUUUGUAAAUAUCUGCUAUCUUUUUGCACUGCUCAUACAAGCAUUCUUAUUUGUCAGAAAUGCAAUUUAUUCAUCGUGCGCGCCUCGUUCGCAACGAUUAUCGCAGUUCUAUCUCAUGUUUUCAUUAAUUUUCAUGGUUUUCUAUCAGCUACAACUCCUAAGAACACUCUACAAUCGAAAAAUCAUUGAUUUCGAGAAUGUCCCUGCCACCAGUAAACUCAAAACACUGCAAUAUGUUGGUGAAAACACCAUCCAUUCCGUUCUCUGUCAUUCCCUGGCAGUAAUUCUGGAAUCCUUUGAAAACUUCAAGAUGCAUUCGAUCACCGACCAGAGGGUCAUGAAACUUAGCGCAUUCAUCUAUGCCUACAUAAGAUACCUACCAGUAAUGGUAAUGAUGUCUCGACUAUACAGAAACACCUCAUUUUAUUCGUUUCUGAUUGAGGCGUUUUUGAUUAGCGAGGACAUUGUUUUAAUAUUAAUUUUUGUAAAUCUCAUACGGCUUAUAAAGAAGAUAGCGAAGGAGAUAGAGACAUGUUUGAUGACGGAUAAAACAAUGGUUCAGUAUCUCCUUUCAGUCUUUAAGGUUCUCUUGUCCAGGCUAGCUGUAUCAUUGUCGUUGGAAUGUCUUUCCAAAAUGCUUUAUCUUGUGGUUAUCACAAGGGAAAGAUCAAAAGCGCUGAUGUUUAUUAAUGACAUUUCUAAUUUUCUGAGAGUUGUAUCGAUUUAUUUAGUACUAGAAAACCUGACAGACAUGGUGUUUACUGACUGUAGAAGCUUCAAGGUAGCAUUUAAUGAACACGAAAAGGACAAGUUUUUCGAAUUUGAGCAUGCUGAAAAAAAGAAUGAGAACAUAGUGGAAUAA